UAGGAGCGAAGGAGAGCUGUAGAUUGAGUCAGAGGGAGGGGGCGGGUGCUGGGCUUUCUUGCGAGCGCGAUUGAAAUUCCGGGCGAUGUCCGGCGGUGUUAACCUGUGGCGUGGAAAAGAAGAGGCAAGUGCUUCGGACUCUCCUUCCCUCCCCUCCCGGGCACACUGGCACACUACAGAGCACCAGUGAUUUGGUUUUGCAAGGUUGUCAACCUCUAGGUGAAGCCUGGAUAUCUUCUGGAAGAAUAGUGGCUCUCCCAGCAACAACGCAGCUCAGCGCCCCCCCCCCCCCUCGAGAAAAUGGCUGCUUUUGGAGAGUGAUUCUCAGAAUGUACCGAAAAAAGUCCUGGAAAAGGAGGGAGAAAACCUUAGAAAAUAUUUUCUUCCAGAUGCUUUGAAAAAGAGGAACAUUCCAUUUAGAUGGAUGAUGAAUGAGUGGUUGGGCUUCAUCUUCAAGGGAGCCUAUCAGAAGAUCACAGGGUGGCUGGUGCAUCAUCUUGUAGUUGAUGUAAUAUAUACAAAAAAAUUUACAAUAAAAAGUUACCUUGAUGCAAAAGGCCCCGUCAACAUUCAACACUGAAAAAAGAACUGUCAGUCUUAAAUUAAAGGCAUUAAUCCAGGCCUUGGACUCCAAAGAGCGCUGCACAAAUUCAGCCUAACCUAGAGUCCUCUAGAGACUGAGGAUGGUGCCACUGCAUCAUCUCAAAGGGCUUCCAGGUGGUACAGAGAGGCAGCUAAUGCCCGAAACUCCCCAGCGAUCUCAAACGGCAAAAUGGACUUAUGUCUGAGACUGCUCCAGGGGUCUUCAUGGCUUAAAAGACAUCUGAAUGAGCCUCCUCUGGAGAAUGGGAUGCUGCCAUAUCUUGGCUGUGCUUUGCAGUUUGGCUCCAAUCCACUCAAAUUCCUCAGAGCAAGACAAAAGAAAUAUGGUCCCAUUUUCACUUGCAGAUUGGCAGGAAAAUAUGUUCAUUUUCUCACAGAUCCUUUUUCCUAUCACUCUGUGAUGCAACAAGGAAAACAUCUGGACUGGAAAAAGUUCCACUUCACAAUUUCAGCAAAGGCUUUUGGUCAUAGAAGUAUUGACCCAAAGGAUGGGAACACCACUGAAAAUAUGCAUCAGACCUUCACAAGAACCUUGCAGGGUAAAGCACUGAACUUUCUCAGUGAAGGUAUGAUGGAAAAUCUUUCCUAUGUCAUGCUGGAAUUGACUGCGUCAAAAAUGAAAUCCACUGACUGGGUAACAGGCAAGCUUUAUGAAUUUUGUUGCCGUGUGAUGUUUGAAUCUGGUUUUUUAACACUUUUUGGUACAGAGAUUAACAGAAACAAUGAUAAGGUACAUUCUAAUCAAGAAGAUCAAACAACACUUAUUCUGAACUCUCUAGAGAAUUUUAAAGAAUUUGACCAAAUUUUUCCAGCUCUUGUGGCAGGCCUACCUAUCUACAUAUUCAAAGGUGCCCACAGUGCACGUGAGAAGCUGGCUGAAUCCCUACUUCAUGAUAAUCUUCAGAAAAGGGAGAACAUUUCUGAACUUAUUUCUCUCCGCAUGUUCUUGAAUGACACACUCUCCACUUUUGAUGACAAGGAAAAAGCAAAGACCCACCUUGCCAUUCUGUGGGCUUCACAAGCAAACACAAUACCUGCUACAUUUUGGAGCUUGUUCUACCUUAUUAAGAAUCCUGAAGCGAAGACAGCAGCUAUGGAAGAGAUACAACGGUUGCUGGAAGAUACUGGUGAAAAAGUGGACUUGAAUAGAAAGUAUGUUUUCUUGAGUCGAAAACAGCUGGAUAACAUGCGUGUAUUAGAUAGUAUUAUCAAAGAAGCGAUAAGACUCUCCAGUGCAUCUAUGACAGUCAGAGCUGCUAAGGAAGAUUUCUCUUUGCAGCUAAAUACUGGCUCCUACAAUAUCCGUAAAGAUGACAUCAUAGCCCUUUAUCCUCAGCUGUUACAUUUUGAUCCAGAAAUUUAUUCUGAUCCCUUGACAUUCAAGUACGACCGUUUCCUUAAUCAAAAUGGAGAAGAAAAGACUGUUUUCUAUCGAAGUGGCCAGAAGUUAAAAUAUUACUACAUGCCAUUUGGAACAGGACUUGCCAAAUGCCCUGGAAGAUUAUUUGCAGUUCAUGAAAUUAAACAAUUUUUGACUUUGUUGCUUUCCUGCUUUGAGGUGGAGCUAGUGGACAAGAAUGUGACAUGCCCUUUAUUAGACCAGUCGCGCGCUGGACUUGGUAUAUUACAACCUGCGACUGAUGUUGAUUUCAAGUAUAGAUUAAAACCUCUUUGAAUGCAGCUAAAUAUUUACUCAGAUGGUUAUGCAAUGUACUAAGAAUAAUGAGAGUUUGAAGCAACUAUUUAUAUAAGCUGAGAAUAACAAGAGUUUGACGCAAUUAUUAAUAUAACUUAAAACAGUUUGUGAAGGAAAGGCUCUCCUUUGGAAAUCUAAUUGAGGACCACAUUUUUACAGGCUCUCAGUCAAUAAGAGGUAUUGUUCAGUCCACUAACUAUACUAGUGCUAUAUCUGCAGUAGAGUCCUUCACCCCAAUGAGGGUAAAGGGGAGGGAAAUAUUUAUAUACAGGUGCAUUGUGUUCUGAAGAGGUUUGUGAGCGUACACCUUGCAGCGGAUCUCUGGAGAGAGGAGUGCUUCAUCUCUGUCCAGUAGAAACCCUUCCCAUGCUGCUGCCCUUUAUGUCCUAGCAAACAAAUCUUGCAGACAAACAUGAAAUCAGGGGUUGGGACUGAGAGAAGUUGUUUGUACAAAACUCGCACGGACUGAUGAUCGCAGCAAUAGUAUGGAAUGUGUGUGCAGUAAACCCAUGGCUGCUGAUAACUGAGGGCUUUUAUACCUGGGUAUUCUGCUUUGUUAUGGUUCGAAGUGUCAGCAGCCUUUUGAACAGGAUUUUUCCCAACGUUAAAGUUUAUGUGUGCAUCUAUGUGUGUGUGUAUGAGCAAUUUUACUAAAUAAAAGCUUGAUCUCUGUAA